GCUUCCUACGGCGCGCGGGGGACGGGUGGGCGGAGCGGCGGCUCGACCGGGAAUUCUCAUCAUCCGCCGCCGCCGCGAUGCUGCUGGCCGUGUGGGGCUUCCUGAAGCGUCACAAAAAGAAAUGCUUCUUCUUGGGCGCUUUCCUAGGCGGGGUUUAUGUACUUGGAAAAUAUGGUCAGAAAAAAAUGAAAGAAAUUCAAGAAAGAGAAGCAGCAGAAUAUAUAGCACAAGCAAGAAGGCAGUAUCAUUUUGAAAGUAAUCAGAGGACUUGCAACAUGACAGUACUAUCAAUGCUUCCAACAUUAAGAGACACUUUGAUGUAUCAGCUGAAUUCUGAGAGUCUCACUUCCCUGCUAAAAAACAAGCCAGCCAAUAAGUUAGAAAUAUGGGAAGAAUUGAAGAUUAUAAGUUUUACACGGAGUAUUGUAGCAGUAUACAGCACAUGCAUGCUCGUAGUUCUUCUCCGAGUCCAAUUAAAUAUUAUUGGUGGAUACAUUUACUUAGACAAUGCAGCAGUUUGCAAAAAUGGCACUACACUUUUAGCUCCCCCUGAAGUUCAACAACAAUAUUUGUCAAGUAUUCAACACCUCCUAGGAGAUGGCUUGACUGAGCUAAUAAGCGUGAUUAAGAAGACUGUGCAGAAUGUGUUUGAGAGUGUUUCUCUCAAGCAUGCCCUUUCCCUCUUGGAACUUGAACAGAAGCUAAGAGAAAUUAGAAAUGUAAUUGAACAGCCAGAAGAUUCUGCAUCUGAAGAAACUGAAUCACAAUCUAAGCUGUGUCAUUAUAUGAUGCCGGAUGAAGAGAAUCCUUUAGCUUUCCAGGCUAAUGAGCUUACAGAAAAAGAUGUUGCUACCAUUAAGUUACUUAAUGAAACAAGAGAUAUGUUAGAAAGCCCAGAUUUUAAUAGAGUUUUGAGCAGUUGCUUAAAUAGAGGGUUUAGUCGAUUACUGGAUAACAUGGCGGAAUUCUUCAGACCUACUGAACUGGACAUAUGCCAUACUGGUUCUGUGAUCAGUCUUUCCAGUGCCAGUCUUCCUCUAGCCAAAAUAAUCCCCAUAAUAAAUGGACAGAUCCAUUCAGUCUGCAGUGAAACACCUAGCCAUUUUGUUCAGGACUUAUUAAUGAUGGAACAAGUGAAAGACUUUGCUGCUAAUGUAUAUGAAGCCUUCAGUACCCCGCAACUAGAGAAGUAAACUGCUGUUCAAUAUGUACAGAAUAUACUAUUUAGUAUCCAGUUAUUGUGACUAUUCAUUUUGAUAAUGAAACUC